AUCACCUAGGCAUGCAGACUGCUUCUACGGACAUUUGCGAAAAAACGGGUCGCUCUCAGGAGCUCAGUGAAUUCAAGCGUGGUACCAUGAUAGGUUUCCACCUGUGCAAUAAGUCCAUCCAUGAACUUUCCUUGCUACUAAAUAUUCCACGGUCAACUGUUAGUGGUAUUAUAACAAAAUGGAAGCAACUGGGAACAACAGCAACUCAGCCCCGAAGUGGCAGGCCAUGUAAAAUGACAGAGCAGGGUCAGCACAUGCAGUCGUCAACUGACUGCAGAGUCAAUAGUUAAAGACCUCCAAACUUGGUGUGGCCUUCAGAUUAGCACAACAACAGUGCGUAGAGAGUUUCAUGGAAUGAGUUUCCAUGGCCGAGCAGCUGCAUCCAAGUCUUACAUCACCAAGUGCAAUGCAAAGCGUCGGAUGCAGUGGGGUAAAGCACGCCUCCACCGGAGUCUAGAGCAGUGGAAACUUGACCAGAGAAUGGUACUUGCCUGACUGCAUUGUGCUAAGUGUAAAGUUU